CAUCUGCGGCGAUUGUAUAAAAGCUGGACAAGCUCAGACGAUCCUCAUCAACACUCUCCAACUCUUUCCAGCAGAGCAUCAGAGCAGCACAACUUUCCCAGUCCAAAAAUGAAAUUCGUUAUCAUCGUCGCUCUUUUCUCCGUGGCUUUGGCUGCCAAGUUGGACGCACCCAUCGAAAUCAUUUCAUCUAACAUCGACAUGAAAGAGGACGGCAGCUAUUCAUUCGAUUUCGAAAGCGCUGAUGGCACCAAGGUCUCCGAGAGCGGCAGCCAGAAGCAAGUCGGACCUAAACCCGAGGAUAUCGGCACCGUCUCCAAGGGAUCUUAUUCGUACACCUCUCCCGAUGGUGUCGUCAUCACCGUCAACUGGACCGCCGAUGAAAACGGUUUCCAGGCCACCGGUGACCACCUCCCCACUCCUCCCCCCAUGCCCGAGCACGUCGUCAAGAUGCUCGCCGACUUGAAGGCCGCCGGUGUCCUGUAAACAGUUCAAAUGGCUAUAUUUUAUACAUGAUGUACAUAACGUCUACAAUGGUUGCCAUGACUACAUAGAGCAAUCAAUGUGGUGGUAUGCUGUGUAUUCCUUGUAUCAUAUAACAUAUUAUUUUGUCCUAAAGCAG